UCCCACAACGUUUUAUUUGUGGGCAAUCCAAUCUCUGCGUAACUAUAUAUAAGAAUUUUUUCACUUCUUUUGAUAUAAUUCAUUCUUGCAGUUAUUACCUAAAUAAUCUCCUACAGUACUGGUUAAUUAAUAAGUCUUUGUUUAGAUUCUAAGAAAUUAUUCAGUAGUCAUUAAUGGAGUUAAAGCUUGUUGAUUCCAAAUCCAUGUCUUUGUCUGAGAUUUCUGUCAUGGCGAAGACAUCCACGUAUCUUUCUUCGAAUUUAAGCCAACUGGGUGGUUUUAGAUUCUCUUCAAAGCUUAAUUCUUGUAGAGGGGAAUCUUUGAAGGUUCAUUGUUCAAGUACUGCAAAUGGUUAUUUAUUAAAGAAGACGGAUAAUGCAGCUGAGAAUUUAUUAUAUCAUAUUAAUGAGAAGACUAAUAUAAAUUCAACUUUUUUUGGUGGGAAUCGGAAAAUUCUUGUUGCAUUUGACGACGAGUAUGGAGGAAUUAUUGUUGACUCCAAUAGAUUACCGGAAAGUUCAGAUGAUUUUGCCUCUUCUCUUCAUUUAUCAGUUUCUCGAUGGAAAUUAAUGGGAAAGAAGGGAAUCUGGCUCAAGUUACCGUUGGAGCGAUCAGAGCUUGUUCCCGUUGCGGUAAAGGAAGGUUUCGGGUAUCACCAUGCAGAACCAGGAUAUGUGAUGCUAACUUACUGGCUUCCUGAAGGACCUUGUAUGCUCCCUUCUAAUGCUACUCAUCAAGUUGGGGUUGGCGGAUUUGUCAUCAACGACAACAAUGAGGUUCUUGUUGUACAAGAGAGAUUCUGUGAUCCACAAUCAGUUGGUCUGUGGAAAAUUCCAACUGGAUUCAUUCAUGAGUCGGAGGAGAUUUAUUCAGGAACUGUAAGAGAAGUGAAAGAGGAAACCGGAGUGGAUACAGAGUUCGUAGAGGUUGUAGCAUUCAGACAUGUGCAUAAUUUAGCCUUUGAUAAAUCAGAUUUGUUCUUCGUAUGCAUGCUGAAAUCUUUAUCUUCUCAUAUCAAUAUCGAUAAUUAUGAAAUCAAAGCAGCCAAGUGGAUGCCUUUAGAGGAAUUUGUAAAGCAACCGUUGAUCGAAGAAGAUAGCAUGUUCAAGAAAAUUAUAGAUAUUUGCAUUGCCCGAUUAGGAAAAAAAUACUGCGGACUACAUCCGCAUAAAUUAGUGUCGAAAUUUGAUGGAAGACUAUCGUGCCUGUACUAUAAUGUUGUUGAGGAUCAAAACAUCAACUGCACCAUUCAAGAAUGGCAACAAUAAAUUAAGUGCAAGAAUAUAUGA